UUAUUUAUUAAAUAAUAAUUAAAUAAUUAUAUUUCUUUGUUAACUUAUAUUUCGUUAAAAUACAUAGUUAAAUAUAAGUUAUUGCUACUCUCAUAGUUUUAAUUCCUUAGAUUUUAUUAAUUAUACAUCAUGAGUCAAAGUAGUUCACCUGUCAGAUCAGACAGGCAUACAGAUAUGAUGACAUCUCCUGCACCAGAAAUAGAUGAACCUUUUGCAGAUGAAAGCGCAUUACUUGAUGAAGAAAAUGAUGUUAAUAACCCAGAAGAAGAAGAAGAAGAAGAAGAAGGAGAAGAAUUAUUUGGAGAUAACAUGGAAGCCGACUAUCGUCCCAUGCCAGCUCUUGAUAGAUAUGAUCCUACAAUGCUUGACGAUGAUGAGUACUCCGAAUUGUCUCAAGGAGAUCGUGUAGCAGCUGAAAUAGAAAUGCGAAGAAGAGAUCGUGCAGCUGGAAUUCUAAGAGAUGAUAGAGAUUUACUUUAUGAUGAUACCGAUGAAGAUGAUACUCAAACUCACAAGCGACGUAUGGCUGAAAAGGCUGCCACUGGUGAUAUUGAUGAUAUAGAAAUAAUAGAAUCUAUUGAAAAUUUAGAAGAUACAAAAGGUCAUUCUAUCAAGGAAUGGGUUACGAUGUUAGGGCCACGAACAGAAAUUUCCAAUCGUUUUAAAAGUUUUUUGCGUACCCACACAAAUUCAAAAGGACAAUAUAUGUAUAGAGAACGUAUUCGUCACAUGUGCGAAAGUAAUCAGUCUAGCUUUAUCGUGGAAUUUCCUAUUCUUGCAAGUAAAGAACAUGUUUUGGCUUAUUUUUUGCCUGAAGCUCCGUUUCAAAUGUUACAAAUAUUUGAUGAAGUAGCUAAAGAAUUGGUAUUAACUAUUUUCCCUAGUUACGAAAGAGUUACAAGUGAAAUUCAUGUUAGAAUAUCGGAACUUCCAUUAAUAGAGGAAUUACGUACAUUUAGGAAGCUACAUCUUAACCAAUUAGUUCGAACUCUUGGUGUUGUAACAGCUACAACAGGAGUGUUGCCACAAUUAUCUGUCGUGAAAUAUGAUUGUUCUAAAUGUGGAUAUGUUCUUGGCCCAUUUGUACAAUCACAAAAUUCAGAAGUGAAACCGAGUUCAUGUCCAGAAUGUCAAAGCUUGGGUCCUUUCAUGAUUAAUAUGGAACAAACAAUCUACAGAAAUUAUCAAAGAAUAACAAUUCAAGAAUCUCCAGGAAGAGUACCUGCAGGAAGAAUACCAAGAAGUAAAGAUUGUAUUUUAUUAUCUGAUCUUUGCGAUCGAUGUAAACCAGGAGAUGAGAUAGAUCUUACAGCUAUAUAUACUAACAAUUAUGACGGUUCUUUAAAUACAGAACAGGGAUUUCCAGUGUUUUCUACAGUAUUAUUGGCUAAUUAUUUAUUUGUAAAAGAUUCUAAAGAAAUUGUUGAAUCUUUAACCGAAGAAGAUAUCGCUAGUAUUCUUGCUUUAAGUAAAGAUCAUCGUAUCGCUGAUCGAAUUGUUGCAAGUAUUGCUCCUUCUAUCUAUGGACAUGAAUAUAUUAAACGAGCACUGGCGUUAACUAUUUUUGGAGGAGAAGCCAAAAAUCCUGGUAAUAAGCAUAAAGUAAGAGGAGAUAUAAAUGUUUUGAUCUGUGGUGAUCCAGGAACAGCUAAAUCUCAAUUUUUAAAAUAUAUUGAAAAAAUAGCUCCAAGAGCAAUUUUUACAACAGGCCAAGGAGCUUCUGCUGUAGGUUUAACUGCAUAUGUACGUAAAUCACCUACUACACGAGAAUGGACGUUAGAAGCUGGUGCUUUAGUUUUAGCAGACCAUGGUGUUUGUCUAAUUGAUGAAUUCGAUAAGAUGAAUGAUGCAGAUAGAACAUCUAUACACGAAGCUAUGGAACAGCAAAGUAUUUCUAUUUCAAAAGCAGGAAUUGUUACAUCAUUACAUGCUAGAUGUUCAGUAAUAGCUGCAUCCAAUCCAAUUGGAGGAAGAUAUGAUGCCAGUAUGACCUUUUCAGAAAAUGUGGAUUUAUCGGAACCGAUUAUUUCUCGAUUUGAUAUACUAUGUAUAGUAAAAGAUGAAGUGGAUCCUAUGCAAGAUAGACAUUUAGCUAAAUUUGUGGUAAACUCGCACGUUAAACAUCAUCCAACUAAUUCAGAAAAAGCAGUACCACCAGAACCAACCGAGACAACUGAAAAUCUAUCUAUUCCUCAAGAUCUUCUUAAAAAGUAUAUUGUCUAUGCUAAACAAAACGUUCAUCCUAAAUUAACUAACAUUAAUCAAGAUAAAGUAGCUAAAUUAUACAGCCGUUUGAGGCAAGAAAGUUUGGCUACAGGAAGUUUACCUAUAACAGUACGACAUAUUGAAAGCAUUAUUCGUAUGGCUGAAGCUAGUGCAAAAAUGCAUUUACGAGAUCAUGUGCAAGAAAGUGAUAUUAAUCUUGCUAUAAGAAUGGUUUUAGACAGUUUUGUUGAUACACAAAAAUACUCUGUUAUGAAAAGUAUGCGUCAGACAUUCCAAAAAUAUUUAUCAUAUAAAAAAGAUCACAGUGAACUUUUAUAUUACAUACUUCGUCAAAUUACAUUGGAUACAUUAGCAUUCCAAAAAGCCUUACAUGGGAGUCGAAUUACAACUCUAGAAAUAUCCGAAAAAGAUUUAUUGGAUAGGGUAAUACAGACUAUAUUGAUUAUAAAAAUAUUGUGUAUUCAUGUACAAUCAUUUUUUUGUAUAUUUCUUUUUUUUUUUUAUAUAUGUAUCUUUCUUUUCCAGGCUAAACAAAUCGACAUACAUAAUUUACAUCCAUUUUAUGAAAGUGAUAUUUUCAAAACUAAUAAUUUUGUAUAUGAUUCUCGAAGAAAAGUGAUUAUUCAAACUCUUCCAGAAAAUGUCGACGACUGAAGAAUUCAUUAAAUAUUUGUGUUAUUUUAAAUAAUAUUUCUUA